AUGGCGGGUGAUGCAGGAAAGAAAUAUAUGGGAUGGUGGGGUAAUAUGGGAGGGCCGGUUCAGAAAGGCAUUAUUACAUAUUCAUUAUCGCCGCGUUCACAGCAUCCUUUGGCAGGCAUGCUUCAUAGUGCAGUUUUUAAUACAUAUCGUCGAUGUUGCCAGCAGAUUCUAUAUUUCGGUGUGCCUUUAAUGGCUGGAUAUAGUAUUUAUGUGUGGGCAGUUAGAAGGAAUGAGUAUUUAUAUUCGAAAGCGGGUCAGGAAGAGCUUAAGGUGGGACUUUUGGGGCUGCUAUUUGUGUCAGUCCAGACGGUGGACACGAUGGAAGAAUAG